CGACAAAAAAAAAUAGGAAGUGCCGCUUACCGUAAUUUUUUCCCCCCUUCAGUAUUAUGAAUGAACGCCCAAAAUUAUUAUUUUUUCUCUUGGAAUAAGUUAUCAACUAGCAAAGGCGACGUUGUGUGGACGAGGCGCUCGACGUGAAGGAAAAAAAACCUCUCCAAGAUGUCUGCGAGCGCCGUUUACGUCUUGGAUUUGAAAGGAAAGGUACUGGUGUGCCGGAACUACCGCGGCGAUGUGGACAUGUCUGAAAUCGAGCAUUUCAUGAGCCUCCUGAUGGACAAGGAGGAGGAGGGGACGCUGUCUCCCAUCCUGGCCCACGGCGGCGUACGCUUCAUGUGGAUCAAACAUAAUAACCUCUACUUGGUAGCAACAUCGAAGAAAAACGCCAGCGUUUCAUUGGUUUUCUCCUUUUUGUACAAAAUCGUCCAGGUUUUUUCGGAGUAUUUCAAAGAACUGGAGGAAGAGAGCAUCCGGGAUAACUUUGUCAUUAUUUACGAGCUGAUGGACGAGUUGAUGGACUUUGGCUACCCGCAGACCACCGACAGCAAGAUUCUGCAAGAGUAUAUCACUCAGGAGGGGCACAAGUUGGACACCGGCGCGCCCCGCCCACCCGCCACUGUCACCAAUGCCGUUUCGUGGCGCUCGGAAGGCAUCAAGUACAGGAAAAACGAAGUCUUCCUGGAUGUCAUCGAGUCUGUCAACCUCCUGGUCAGUGCCAACGGCAACGUCCUGCGCAGCGAAAUCGUCGGCUCCAUUAAGAUGCGCGUCUUCCUUUCCGGCAUGCCCGAGCUGCGCCUGGGCCUCAACGACAAGGUUCUGUUUGAAAACACUGGACGCGGUAAGAGUAAAUCCGUGGAGUUGGAGGAUGUCAAGUUUCACCAGUGCGUCCGACUAUCUCGCUUCGAGAACGACCGCACCAUCUCCUUCAUCCCGCCCGACGGCGAGUUUGAGCUCAUGUCAUACCGCCUUAACACUCACGUCAAGCCGCUGAUCUGGAUUGAAUCAGUCAUCGAGAAGCACAGUCACAGUCGCAUCGAGUAUAUGAUUAAGGCCAAAAGCCAGUUCAAACGGCGCUCCACCGCCAACAACGUGGAGAUCCACAUUCCUGUGCCGACAGACGCCGACUCUCCCAAGUUCAAGACCACGGUCGGCAGCGUCAAGUGGGUUCCCGAGAACAGCGAGAUCGUCUGGUCCAUUAAGUCCUUCCCCGGCGGCAAGGAGUAUCUGAUGCGCGCUCACUUCGGUCUCCCGAGUGUGGAAGCAGAAGAUAAGGAGGGGAAGCCCCCGAUCAGCGUCAAGUUUGAGAUCCCCUAUUUCACCACUUCGGGCAUCCAGGUGCGUUACCUGAAAAUCAUCGAGAAGAGCGGCUAUCAGGCCCUGCCUUGGGUGCGCUACAUCACCCAGAAUGGAGAUUACCAGCUCCGCACGCAGUAAGGCAACGCCUCAGCCGGCGCGGGCGGGAGGAAGGCGGGCGGCGGCGGACCGCAGAGGAGCGACUUAAUUGUGAUCAUUUUUCCAAGCGGCCCAAAUAUGAGAUACGGAGUUUGUACAUCCAAGGAAAGGAUCCGUUUUUUUUUUUCCCGGCGCGCGGCCAACUAAAGCAGGAGUCAUGUUUACAUGCGGUGUCAUCAGAAGGUCACAAACGUCACACACCUCUUUUUGUCCAUUCUUUUUCUGUAUACGGUUGCUACAUAUCCACGUGGUCCGGUCAGUGUUAUUAUCGCAAGUGAGCCGAUCAGUACGUCUCUUUUUCUGUUACGGUGCCAUCAGCUUUGCCCCAUUUUGUCAGCUUUCAAUCAAAGCGCUCACGUUGCG